AUGUUAGCACUACCAAACCAUCGACGUCAGCUCUACUCUCAGUCCAUCAGCAUACCACAAGAACAUCAACAUUGGCCAACAUCAACAAUUUCAUCAACAUCAACGCCGCUCAUAUCGACACCACAACCACAGCACAACAACACAACCUCGAAUAUCUUUUCCUUUGGCCAAGAUCAACCGCUCUUCGACUACCAACCUCAGCAACAGUUUCCCUCAUCUCAAUCUCGACCACUGAUGCAGUCUGAGCAUUCCAACAACAGCUGGCUUGAGAACGGUCAACUCACUCCUCGAUCUGCGACACGGGCUCACCACCGAGAGUCUUCGCUGUCUUCUCUAGGAUCUGCGGGGCCCUCGUCACCUUACACUGCCAAUACCUCGAAUCCUCAAGUCGUCGAGGACAUCUAUCAUGAGUUUCAUGACUAUCAACACAACUCAUCGAAGCCUUUGACCCCAGCGCAUACUCCCUCACAGGAGCAUUUCCUUACGCCACACUACUCAAACUUUUACCACAACCCGAACUUAGCAUUCGCCAUGGGGCACGAUGGCCUUCCAAAGCAAAGUGGACCUUCCUCGGAAUUGAUGUCUGCCCCGGAAUUUAAUAACUCGGGGAGGCCGUCAGUAUCAUCUACGGUGGCAAAUGACUCGCCAUCCACGCCACCGUCAUACGAGGAAGAAAGGAAAAAGAAUGCAUACAGGAAUACGGUUCCCAAACUCAACAGAACAAUGACAGACGCCUAUACUGAUGAACUCUACAACCCGAAUUUUUCACUCACAUCGGCGCCUUCUUCGACUCCUGCGCCAAGCGUCAAUUUGUCACCUCAGAACGAUGUCUUCUCACAAAGACUCCAAGCUGCGAACUCCCAGCACUUGAGUGCCAAUAUCCAGACACCUCUAACGAUACCUUCACGAGAGCGAUCGCCCUUCAGACAAGGAUCUCCUCUUGCGCCUUCAGGGAAUGCUUUCGGGCCGCAGUCACCAAAUGUUCGCUUUGGAACCGCACAGCACUUGAGGCAACAGCAAAAAGCCGAGAGCGAUGCGCGAGCACUACAGCAGCAGUUGGAUAGGGCGUCCUCGGAACACUCGACACCGAAGACAAUCUCACCAAAGGAUGUCGAUCUAGUGUAUCACGAGAGUGAAGAGGAUGCAAAUACCCCACUUUUCCCACAACACCAGACCCAGCGCCAGACUUCAAAUUAUCGCCAACAGCCUGUUCUGGCACAAGAUUCAUCGGAGGAUGACAACGCGUCCCAGAGGAGUUAUGGCAGCAUGGCGACCACGAGAAGGGAAAGUUCGUCAGCAUACUCGACAUCCUCUCAGACUACGCAACACCAGGGCUCAUUCAACUUUGUGCCUCCGGCGGUUGCAGGCAGUGUUCGGCAGAUUCCUCAGCAAUACCCAUUCGUCCCGAACUCCCGACGUCAAACAAGCAACCUUUCGAACGUCAGCGAGGACUUUCCGUCGACGCUGACUUCGAUGGAGUCCAGUAGCAGCGAAUAUGCCGGUGACUCCUCGGAGCUCAAGAAACCAUCGGGUGCAGCAGCCGACACUGGCACAUACACCUGUACCUACCAUGGCUGCACCCUCCGUUUUGACACGCCGGCAAAGCUGCAGAGACACAAGCGCGAGGGCCACCGGAAUUCAGCGGUGAUCGGCGGCGGGGAUGAAGGCGGGAUGACCUCAGCGGCGCAACGCAACUCGCAAGCGGGACCUCACAAAUGUGAACGCAUCAAUCCGUCGACCGGCAAGCCGUGCAACACCAUUUUCUCUCGGCCGUACGAUCUCACGCGUCAUGAGGACACCAUCCACAACGCACGCAAGAUGAAGGUGCACUGUCCGCUGUGCACCGAGGAGAAGACGUUCAGCCGAAACGAUGCACUCACUCGUCAUCUGCGCGUGGUGCAUCCUGAGCACGUUGACAUGUCCAAGAGCCGGCGUCGGGCAGGUGGUAUCCACGAGUGA